AUGGUGAGUGUAAUCAAAGUGUUCAUUAUUUUUACGAAUAUUUGCUGUAAAUAUUUUUAAAUAUUACAGUUCCUAGUUAAAAUAACCAUGCUAAACAUUGAAAUGUAAUGUUAGUUUUCAGAAAGAAUUCCAUAUUUUUUAUGAACUAGAUGUACUCAAUGAUUGUUAUUUUUGAAUUUAAAACCUUCAAAUUAACAAUGAAUUUCAAUAGUGGUCGUUAAAAAUAACAAAUGCCAGUGAGUGUUCUAAUAACAGUGGCAUAUUUACAUGGGUGUCUAUAAGAAUAAUUCUCCCAUGAAAUCAAAAUCAUCAGUCAUUGUAAUUAAAAUAUUCAAUUUUGUUUUAUGUGUUUGUAUAUAUAUACAUAUGUUAAAAUUUAACACCUAUUACAAAUAAAAUAUUUUCAUCUUCUUAUUUAAAGAGUUAUAUUUACGAACAUAAAAGAAUUGUAAAAAACAAUAAUGUACAUAACUAUAAAAUGUUAUAUUUUAAUAGUUAUUUUUAUAAAACAAAAUCCAAUUUUUCAUUAAUUUAAUUCAUUGAUAACUUUUAAAUUAAAACAUUUGUCAAAUAACUCUUAUUAUAGUCUUGUAUAUUCUACUAAUACUGCCAUUGAUUUUAUUAUAUAGAACAUAUAAAAAAAAUAAUGCUGCAUGUUUUUAUAGGUGUAAUGUUAUAUAUAAUAGUAGAAUACAAUCUUCAAUUACUAUAACUUCUAAAAUAAUAAUUUCACUAAAAAUUGAAAUAUUAAAAAAAUAUUGUUUAAAUUGGUAAGGGAUGUGAUAAAGUGCACUUUAAUUGUAAUUUUAACUGUAAUUGUAAUAAGGAUAGAGGGGAAAUUUAAUGUAUAUCAGUACGAAAUGAUUCUAAGCUGAGUUUGGUUAUACAUGUUAUGAAAGGCCAAAUUUACCAUUUGAAAUAUCCUAAAUUAUAUGAUACUCUAGUCUAAUUGUUUUAUUUGGUACUUAAAUUUAUAUGAAAUGUACUUAUCUAUUAUUUGUUAUUAUUUUGUUUUUAUCACAUAUAGGGCAUAUAGACAAAUAACUCUGUAGGUCAUCAUUGAUUUGUAGAUUAUACACAAUAAGAAUGCCAUAUUAUAUACCACGUUACUUGAGAUUAAAUGUUAUACUAAUAUAAAAUUUAACACUAAUUACAAAUAAAAUAUUUUCAUCUUCUUGUUUAAAGAGUUAUAUCUUUGAACAUAAAAGAAUUGUAAAAAAACAAUAAUGUACAUACCUAUAAAAUAUUAUAUUUUAAUAGUUAUUUUUAUAAAACAAAAUCUAAUUUUUCUUUCAUUUUAAUUCAUUGAUAACUUUUUGAACUGAUAAAUUUAUCUGUGGAUGAAUUUACAACGGUUUAAUAAAACAUGGAUAUUAGGAUAUAUAACAUAAUUCUUUUUUUAGACUAAUUUUUAAACUAUUUUUAGUUAAUAAGUCAUUAAGAGCUAAUUUCAAUUUCUACAUCUUUAGUUCAGCAAUAAUAUUGUGUUUAUCAAUUGGGGGAGAAUAAAAAUCAACCAAGUGUUAAAAUUCCUUCCUGUCAUUAAAACAUUUUUAAUGAAAUUAAAAAUAGUUUAAAAAUUAGUCUAAACAAGAAUUAUGUUAUAUAUCCUAAUAUCCAUGUUUUAUUAAAAUGUUGUAAAUUCAUCCACAGAUAAAUUUAUCAGUUCAAAAAGUUAUCAAUGAAUUAAAUGAAAGAAAUAUUAGAUUUUGUUUUAUAAAAAUAACUAUUAAAAUAUAAUAUUUUAUAGGUAUGUACAUUAUUGUUUUUUUACAAUUCUUUUAUGUUCAAAGAUAUAACUCUUUAAACAAGAAGAUGAAAAUAUUUUAUUUGUAAUUAGUGUUAAAUUUUAUAUUAGUAUAACAUUUAAUCUCAAGUAACGUGGUAUAUAAUAUGGCAUUCUUAUUGUGUAUAAUCUACAAAUCAAUGAUGACCUACAGAGUUAUUUGUCUAUAUGCCCUAUAUGUGAUAAAAACAAANAUAUAAUUUAGGAUAUUUCAAAUGGUAAAUUUGGCCUUUCAUAACAUGUAUAACCAAACUCAGCUUAGAAUCAUUUCGUACUGAUAUACAUUAAAUUUCCCCUCUAUCCUUAUUACAAUUACAGUUAAAAUUACAAUUAAAGUGCACUUUAUCACAUCCCUUACCAAUUUAAACAAUAUUUUUUUAAUAUUUCAAUUUUUAGUGAAAUUAUUAUUUUAGAAGUUAUAGUAAUUGAAGAUUGUAUUCUACUAUUAUAUAUAACAUUACACCUAUAAAAACAUGCAGCAUUAUUUUUUUUUUAUGUUCUAUAUAAUAAAAUCAAUGGCAGUAUUAGUAGAAUAUACAAGACUAUAAUAAGAGUUAUUUGACAACUGUUUUAAUUUCAAAUCUAUAUUAGUUCAUAGUAUUAUAUAAAUCAUUAUAAUACAAUUCUUUUUACUUCAUUAAUUUUAGUUUGUAUUUUCCUAAAUAAUCAUGUGAAAUCACUAUUUAGCUAUGGUUGUAACUAGAUGCAGGGCCUCUAAAUACUUAAGUGCAUAGCUUAAACCACCUUAAAGCUAACCUUCAAUCUAAAAUUAUAUCUGCAUACAACUUCAUUGCAAUUCUAAUUUUAAAAUAUUUUUAUUUUAUUUUCCAGUAUCCAGUGAUUUUGGCUAUGGGAAUAUUGAAAAAAGCAACAGCUGAGGUUAAUAAUGAAUUUGCUCUUAUGCUAAUAUUGCUAAUGCCAUUAGUAAAACAUUUGAUGAUAAAAAAUAUUUGGAAAGCUUUACACCAUAAAAAAUUUUCCUUAUUUUCCUUUGGCCAUAUGGCAGAGUGGGAUCUGAUACACACACUAUGUGAGUCUACACAGUCAAAUGUGAAUACUUAUGAAGUAUACUGGCUGUCCCGCAAAGAUAUAUCCCUUUAUAUAUAACUCUGAAGAUAAUAAAGAUAAUCAAAUUCUGUUUUUUUUUUUUUUAUAUAUUACUCACAAGGAUAAGGGCUACAAAUAUUUAUUUUUUUUUUUUUUUUAAUUAAAAAAACUCUUUAUUUUAUUAUUUAAGAAAAAUUUUAAGAUAGUCAUUCUGAAGAGUUUAUUUUUCUUAAACAUGUAAUAUAUCACACAUUUAUAUCUGAUGAAUAGUUUCUAAGUAACAGCCAUUUUAAAUUCCACUAAUCCUUGUAAAAACCAAUAUUAUCCUGUAACAGGGUUAGGUUAUUCUCUAAAUAACAUCAGCUUUCACACAAAUUAACAGAAUUAACUAAAAAAAUAUAUAAAUAUAAGUAUUUUUCAUGUGAGUAAUAUAAAAAAAAAAAUAAAGAGAAUUUAAUUAUCAUAUUAACUCUGCAGAUAUUCAAGGCUAUGGCUCCAGGUCCCAGGAAGGGGGCCUAGAGGCCUCUGCCCCCUCCCAGACCUCUUAAACAGUAUCUUUUUACUUACACAAAUAUUUUUAAUUGUGUAACCCUUUAUAACUAAUUACACAAUACCUAUUUUUGAAACCAUUGGGAAAUGGGAAAGUGAAAUAAUUUUGCUUCUAAAAAUAAGCGCAAAUUCGAUUUCAGUAUUAUAGAAGUUAUUUUAAAAUAAAAUAAUUCAAAUAUAUUAUAGCAUGAUUAUUAUAGGUACCUAAUUAACAUAAACAAUUUCUAAUCCAACCAUAAUAAUAUUAAUAACAUUCCCUUAGUAACCAAUUUCUUUCAUAUUUUUAGGAACACUUGAACUAGAACAUUAUAAUGCAUAUAUGGCUUAGAAGUAAUUUUUUUUGGAGGCCUCCCCAAAAUUCAACACUGGAUUCGCCACUGUUUCAAGGGAUACAUCUUCGUGGGACAGCAUGUUUAUUUUUGAAAUUAUUCAAGUAUAUAUGAUAUAACAAAUAACUUCAUAGUUAAUUUUGACAUUAAUUUAUAUUUAUUAUAGGUGAUUAGUAAUAGAGUUAUUGAAAUCUUGAGAAGUGAGAUCUGAAAGACCAGUUCACCUUAAUGACCAUAUACAGUAAAAUCCGCUUAAUUGAGACACCGCAUAAAGAGGACAACCGCUUAAUGGGGACGAAUUAGCAUUUUCCUGAACAAAUGUAUUCGUUUAAGGCAAUUUAACUUUGUUUAUCUGGGACAAACCAUUGGUUAUAAGGGACAAAAAUAAAAGCAUCUAAUUAGAUAUUCUGGCCUAAAUUAUCUAUCUACUUCUUAUCGAAACUGUAAUUAUCUAAUCUUUACAACUCUAUUAUAUAGUUAAUGUCAAUUAUGUCAAUCAUUGAUCUAAUCUUUAUAGCUCUAUUAUAUAGGUAAUCAUUUAUUUUUCUUCUACUACCUCAAUAAGAGUCGACUAGCUUACAAAAUUGAAAAACUUUAGUUCAUGUUCUUUCGUCUCUGCGUAUUAACUUAUGUGUGUUUUUAUUGAUCUCAGUUUGUGUUAAUACAUAACAUUUAUGUCUCGUUUUAACGAGAUUUAACGUUGAUUGAAAAAAUUUCUAAUCUGGAUAAAAUUAAAGCUCAACUUCAUUCUUCUAGUCUUCGUGAGUUAGAUAAAAUAAUAGGCACCUCUAAAUCUGUACUAAGCCAAUUGAAAAAUAAUGAAAAAGCUAUUCGUCUAACAGCCUAAAAAAAUAUAAAUUAAGUAUGUUAAUCAAUUAAUUUAUAAUAAAAUAAUCAUCUAAUUAAUUUACGAUAUUUAAUAGAUAAUACUAAAUAAUAAAUAUAACGUACUACUGCUAAUAAUAAUAAAUAAAUAAUAAUAAUAUGUGAUUUUUAAAUAAAGUAUGAAUUAAGUGUGUUUGUAUGUAUUUUUUAAAUAAAGUUAUUAUGUUUGUACAUACAAUGUACAUAGUAUAUGCAAUUAAAUAGUUUCGGUGUAUUAGUUAUUCGGUUAAAUGGGACAGUCGGAUAAUGGGAACAAAUAGGGCAUCGCCCAAUGUGUCCCUAUUAAGCGGAUUCUACUGUAAAUAAAAGUCAGAAUUCCAAUUACACUUUCCCAACAGUUAUACAUAUUGCAGUUGUACUUUGAAAUUAAACAACCUGCUAUUAUUGCCUGCACUAAAAAAUGUACACAAAGAAUUAUAUAUAAAAAAUCCAAAGAGUUUUCUAGUAUAAUAAAAAUAGGCGAACACACACACAAGUAAAGAUAAUUUUUAUUGAGUGUGUAAAGUACUGUGAAUUUAAAUUACUUUUUGUUCAUAUAUUGGAUAAUUACAUGUUAAAUUUGUCUAAAAUGUUUAUUUUAGUUUGAAGUCUUUUUAGUAAUUAUAUUUUAAAAAUUAAUUGAAGAUGUCUAUUUAUUUUUUGUAAAAAACUAAUAUUAUUUCAUGCUAACUUAUAAUUAAUCCACUAAUAGCUGAACUCUCCACACACACUAUCCCUGGGAAUCCCAGAAGGCGUUUCAUGCGAAAGUGUGUCAGGACUUAUUGGCUGACUAAUUAUCACCAAAACACAUCCUGAAGUACCUUGAAGUAACUAACAAUGGUUGGCUUCUUCGAUCACGGCUGCUGUCUCGAUACUUGUAACUUUCAAUUCUGAUAAAUGAUGUAAGAUUUCUUGUGUCUGGAUCUAGAAGUGUUCUUGGUGAAUUGGCCUUACUAGAAAAUGGACCUGGAAACAGUAUUAUGCCUGGUAUCUAUUUAUAAUGAUCUUGUUUUUUUUCAAUUACAAUACUAAUGUAUUAAAAUUUAGGUAAAGUAAAUUCUACUCAAUGUAAAACAAUCACAAAGGUUUUCACUCAAGUAAUAGACAAUCAUUUAGCUAUAAUGGAUACAGUAAUGGUAAUAUUCAGCUGAAUGUUUUCAAAUCAGUGAUUGUGUCUAACUAUUGAGAUCUACUAGACUUUUGAUAGACAACUGCAUGACAUUUACAGACAACUGUGUAUUUGUGUUAAAAUUGAAGCUAAUAAAGACAGAAUUUUUCAUCUCUUAAAAAAUGAUCUGCCUUGAAUCCACAUAUUGGUUAUGAUAAAGUAUAGCAAUAAUAUAUCAUUUCAAACUUUGUUAAAAAUUAUUUUAAUUAAAUGCUCUUUAACUUUCAUUUUAGGCUGAUAAAAUCACUAAAAUAACCCACAAAGAUGGAUCUACACUUAAAGAAUCUAAAUCAAAACUUGGAUACUUAAUUGAAGACAAAUUUGAUAAUUGGACUGAACCAGAAGAUAAAAUUAAAAUAAUAAAUUCUGUGUAUUAUUGA